AUGCAUUUGCUUUUCAUUUUAAAUGCAUUAUCUGUUUCUGCAGAUAAAAAGGUAGACCCACUGAAGAGUUUAAAUAUUGAUCCAGAGUUUUUAUUUAAAAAUAUCACAGAUUCAGAUGUAAAAUCACCAAAUAAAGAUGAUAUAUCAAAUCUAACAGAAAAGAUCAAUUCAGUAAUAGAAAAUAAUAGCAUAACACAAACAAAUUUGGAAAAAAUUUCCGAUUUGAAAACAAAUAUAACCGAAACUUUCAUUAAUUCUUCACUCAACAUAAAUCCAACAACAGAAAACUUUAAAGAUAAAGUAGAAGACAAUAAAUCUACUACAAUCUCUAACUCAUCCAAAAUUUUGGUAACUCCACCUAUAAAAAGAGCCAAAAUUAUAGCAAAAAACGUAAAAAACGAAAUAGAAGAUGAUAGAAAAGAAAAAUUCCUUGAAAACAGGCGCUCAUUCGGUUAUGAUUCAUUUGAUCAAGAAAUAUCGAAGAAAUUAGUCGAAGAAGAACCAGAAGAUGAAAUAUCUGAUGAUGAGGGAAUUAAAUGGUGCAGUGGUCCUCACACAUUUACAAAUGUUCACGGAAAAUGCGUUUGUAUUCCUGGAUAUCAUGGAGAUUGGCCAAUACAAACACGAGGAUGUUGGAAGUGUAAGUCAACAUGCCACAGGGAUGCUGAAUGUUUGUUUACAGGAGGCUGUAGAUGCAUGAACGGAUUAAUUGGUGACGGAAUCAAAGAAUGCUCAAUACCAGUCCCUAAAAUAGUAUCAUUUAUUCCAUCUGGCGGUGUUUCUGAUACAAAUUUCGUUUUUGAUUUCCUAAUUGAAACAAAUUACAAACCAUACAGCGCUUUUUGCAAUGCAUCUGGUAUUUUGGUUUCUGGUGAGUUAAUUGGUGCUUCCAGUUCAAUUAAUUGCACUUUUCCUCAUAAUGUCGAUUUAACACGACUUUCUAUUUCAUUUGACAGGUUACACUGGUCAAAUGUCGUAUCAUAUAAAUAUACAGAGAGUACAGAGACUCCUGUAAACAUUGUUGAAAUUAUUUCGUUAAUUGUUUUGUUGGUUUGCUUCGUUUACUUGAUCAUCAUGAUUGUACGCGUUUUUGUGUCAAUCAGUGAUGAUGAUACAAGUAGCAGCGGAAUGCCGCUUCUUAGUAACAGAUUUCCUCAUUCAAACAGCGAAAUGUUUAAUUACGAUGUCAAAUCAAGAGUCAUUUCGCAUUUAUAG